ACUGAAACUUCAACCAAGGAGAAAGAUACAGAUGACUCUCAAGCUAAUGUUGUUACCCCAGCUCUUGAUUCUUCCAGCCUUCCAAGUACCCUCAAGGAUAUUCGCUCUGUACCUGUGCUAAUGAGAAGAAAAGUUAUUGGAUUGGCUGAAAACCAUAGAGCAUGGGCGCCUGAAGAUUAUCAGGAGCCACCCUGGAAUAUGAACCAAGCUGACCAGUAUCUCAAAGGGUCUGAACGUUACAAAGACUCGGUCUCUACUUCUAUUUCUUCUAAUGAAAAACAUAAUAUUGAAAGCCUGGCAAAAUCCAAGUCUAGUUCUCCAAAGAUUCAUCACAGCAUCAAUUCCAAGCAUUCCAGUACAAAUAAGACCUCAAGAGACUUACGUUGCCAAAGUCCAAGAUCCUGCGCCAGGCAAGAGCGUAGCUCAAGAUCUUCUGGCAAGCGAGACCCGUCAACAGAAAGACAGAAUAGAAGUUCAGAAUUAUCCUAUAGGCGAGAACAUCGUUCAGGAUCGUCCCACAAACAAGAAGACUCUCCUCAAAGAGAUAAGCGUAGAUCAAAAUCUCCUUACAGACAAGAACAGUUUUCUCAGAAACGGGGAUGUAGCCCAAAAACCUCUCUCGUGCAAGAACAUGGUGUGAAGUCAGUACGCAAACGAAAGCAUAGUUCAAAUUCUCCUCCAAAAAAGAAACAAAAUUCAAAAUCUCAGAAGCUGGAUAGGUGCAAAGAGAAAAAGUUGGGAAGAAGUUGUUGCUGCCAUUGCUAUUACCACUAUCAACAGAGCUGCAGUCCAUCCCAAGAGAGUUUGUGUCACAGAUGUUGCUCUCCUUCUUACUUAACUUGUAAAAUAGAACACCUCAAUGUUUCCAAAGAAAUAAGAAAUGUCUAUGGCAUGCCAUACCACCUUUCUCCCAAGAGGUCUAUUGUGAAUGAAAAGGAAAUAAGAGAGAGCAGACAAGUGGUGGAACCUGAGAUACCGUUAAUUGAAAAGGAAAAAAGAGCAACCAUAAGGACCAGAAGAAAUGCUUUGAAGUCAUCAACCAAAAAGAAGAAAACGAGCUCUCCUUGCCACCUUAAUGCUGAAGAGACCAAUUCUUCAGUCCCAUCCUGGACUCCUAAAGACCGAUCUGCAGCAGUGCUAGCAAGAAAAGAAGAGCUUGAGCAGGCCUACCUGCAGGUCCUUCUCAACUUUGGAGUAAUAGCCAUCAUGCUGGUGGAAAAGGAACCCUGCAUGAUAGAAGCAAUGAGCUCAGCACUACGAGCUAACCUGAGAAAGAUUGGAGACUACUAUGAAUGUCUGCUAAGGAACUACAUUGACAGCUUAACUGAAGCCAGCUGAGAAGACAUCACAUUGGCAAAUCUACCUAAUAUACCUGAAGCCUUUUUUAAGACAAUGGGAGGAAGCUUUCUGUUCAAGCCCAGGAUAAACAAUGGCCUUGGAGAAGGCCUCCUUUUGGCAGUAGAGCUGAGAAACCACUUUCUCCUGCAACAGCUACAGGAUGCAGAAGUGACAGCUAGAAGACUUGAAAGUAUUAUUGUAAAAUCAAUCCAAGGACUUUGGAAGAUAAAAUUGGGAGGAGGGAGGCAAAAAGGGUAAAAAGAUGAGUGUGAUGCCUAAUAAAUUCUGAAUGACUCAGGUAACUCAGAUCAGGUGGUAACUGGAAUGGGAGUAGAAUCUACUAGAUUUAUACUUUAAGUUACAUGGAAGCAUCACAUGUUCUUGGUAAUGGGGAAGAAGUUCUUAUUUUAGCUUAUUAAAAAUACUGUUGAGCAGUAUUUUGAUUGUUGGUCUUUGUGCAGAAGCAAGCUGGUCUCUGAUGGUCCAGUAAUACUCAAGAAGCCUGAUGAAAAUAGUAUUUGCAUUUUUCAAAACUAUGUAGUAGUAUUUUUAAAGAAAGAAUAAAAUUAUUUUGAGACAA